UUCUACUGGCUGCGCUCCUUCAUCGCCGGAGGUGUUGCAGGAUGUUGUGCCAAAACAACUACUGCACCACUGGAUCGAGUAAAGAUUUUGCUGCAAGCUCAUAACCACCAUUACAAACAUCUAGGAGUGUUUUCUACAUUGUGUGCUGUCCCCAAAAAGGAAGGCUACCUUGGGCUGUAUAAAGGAAACGGGGCAAUGAUGAUUAGGAUCUUUCCAUAUGGUGCAAUUCAGUUUAUGGCAUUUGACCAAUAUAAAAAGGUAAUAAAGAAGCAACUUGGGAUUUCAGGGCAUGUGCAUCGAUUAAUGGCUGGAUCCAUGGCAGGUGUUACAGCAGUGAUUUGUACUUACCCUCUUGAUAUGGUUAGAGUUCGUCUGGCGUUCCAAGUAAAAGGGGAACACAAGUACAUGGGGAUUAUCCAUGCAUUCAAGAUGAUUUACACAAAGGAAGGUGGUUUUAGUGCGUUCUACAGAGGGCUGAUGCCAACUGUUAUAGGAAUGGCGCCAUACGCGGGUUUUUCUAAACUUACCUUUGGUACCUUAAAGAGCAUUGGACUUGCUCAAGCACCUAACUUGCUUGGACGGCCUUCAUUAGAUAAUCCUGAUGUCUUAGUUUUGAAAACACAUGUAAAUCUGCUGUGUGGUGGCAUAGCUGGAGCAAUAGCUCAGACGAUAUCAUAUCCCCUUGAUGUAACUCGUCGUCGAAUGCAGCUAGGAGCAGUUCUUGGAGACUCUGAAAAGUGCCUUACAAUGGUGCAGACACUGAAAUAUGUGUAUCAACAACACGGAAUAAGAAGAGGAUUGUACCGUGGCUUAUCUCUAAAUUACAUUCGCUGUAUUCCUUCCCAAGCUGUGGCUUUUACCACAUAUGAACUUAUGAAACAACUCUUGCACCUCAAUUAA